CCUAUUAAGGAAACCCCCCAAUCUGUCAAAACCUCCCAAAAGAGAAACCCCCCCAAAAGUACAGUUGAGACCAGAGAGAGAGAUCCCUAAUUCCCCAGGGAAGAAACACACAGAAAAAGCACAAGAAAAAAAACAAAAAAACAACAACAUGGGUUCGCUUCCUCAGGUAGUGGAAGACUGCAUGGGAGUGCUCCAACUCCUCAGCGACGGCACCGUUUUCCGUCAGCAAAUCAUAGAUUUCCCCACCCAACCCGUCAACGACCAGUCCGUCCUCUACAAGGACUGCCUCUUCCACAAGCCCCACAACCUCCGCCUCCGCCUCUACAAGCCCGUCAAAACCAACCGCCGCAUGCCCGUCCUUUUCUACUUUCGCGGCGGUGGGUUUUGCGUCGGUUCCCGCGACUGGCCCGGCUGUCACAACUGCUGCCAGCGCCUCUCCUCCGCCCUCGGCGCCGUGGUCGUGGCCCCGGACUACCGCUUGGCUCCCGAGGACCGGCUUCCGGCCGCCAUGGACGACGGCAUCGCUGCUAUGAAGUGGCUGCAGUCUCAGGCUGGCGAGUGGGGCGACGAGUGGUUCGACGACGUUGACUUCGGUAGCGUUUUCGUGCUUGGUGAUUCGUCCGGAGGUAAUAUUGCACACCACGUGGCGACUCGGCUCGGAGCCGGUUCGCCAGGUUUGGGACCGGUUCGGGUCAGAGGGUAUAUACUGUUGGCGCCGUUUUUUGGCGGGGUUGCGAGGACCGAGUCGGAGGAAGGGCCGAGGGAGGAGAUGAUGAGUUUGGAGGAUUUGGACAGGUUUUGGAGGCUAUCUUUGCCCGUGGGAGAAGACAGAGACCAUCCAUUGGCGAACCCAUUUGGAGCUGCCAGCAAGAAGCUUGAAAAGGUGGACAUGGAUCCCAUAUUGGUGAUUGCUGGAGAGUGUGAACUGCUGAGAGAUAGGGUUCACGACUAUGCAACGAAGCUAGCCAAAAUGGGGAAGAAAGUUGAGUACGUGGAAAUCAAAGGAAAGCAACAUGGUUUCUUCACCAACGACCCUUAUUCACAAACCUCCCAUGAUUUGGUCAAUAUUAUCAACUGUUUCAUCCUUGACAAUUCCAUCUAGAUAUAUAAUGGGAUAUAUGGAAACUAUAAAAGAAGGGCACACCUUUGUGUUCAGUUCUAGUCUUCAGUGUGUUAUUGUGUUCAGAUCUCAAAGCCUUUCAUUCAAAAAAUAAAAAAAUUCCCAAAGCCUUAAUUUGGAUAAGCACGAACCACUAAAAGAUGAUGAUUGAUGACCAAAUUCAACCAAAAGGUCCUUAUAAACAAUCUUCGUUCCUUUCUUCAAUCCCGCAUAUUAAUCACGUUGAGCAGGUAACCUGGCCAUUAUUAGUCCCAUCCUAUUUGCACUUGCAGGUACACACGACUCUUAUAUCAUUCGCCCCCCAAGUACUAAUAUUUUCCCGACUGGUUUUACAUAGAAAUUAAUCACUUAAAUACAC